UUAACUGAUAUUGUUGAUCUGUUUUUCAAUUAAACCGGAACAGUGAACUACUUGUAUCAACAUGGUGUUCAGAAUCGCAGGAAAAGUAGCUCUAAUAACAGGAGCUGCAUCUGGAAUGGGUCUGAGCCAUGCCAAAGAGUUACUCAGGAAUAAUCUCAAGGGUGUCACUCUGACCGAUAUAAAUGAAACCAAUGGAAAAAAAGCCUUGGAAGAAAUAGAAACUGAGUUUGGGAAAGGAAAAGCGAUCUUCAUCCAGUGUGAUGUGACGAAAAUGGAGGAAAUACAAAUUGCUUUUGAAUCUACUUUAGAGAAAUUUGGAAGCAUUGAUAUACUUAUCAACAAUGCUGGUAUCCUGGACGAUCUCAACUGGGAAAGAGAAAUCGCCAUCAAUUUGAAUGGCACAAUAAACGGCAUUCUCCUCGGCUUCGAAAGGUACUUGAAAAACUAUAAACAAGGUGAAGAAGCUGUAAUUCUGAACACCGCAUCUCUGGCUGGUAUCGUCCAAUAUGGCGUCGCCCCGAUUUACAGUGGGACCAAGUCGGCAAUUAUCGGGCUUACCAGAAGUUGGGCACAUCCGAUGCAUUACCAAAGAACUAAAGUGAGAGUCAUGGCCAUUGUUCCUGGCAGAACAAGAACUACUAGUUUUGAACUACGUGACUUCCUAUUGGAUCCUGUAUAUAUGGACAUGUUUCAGAAAAGAGAACAGAGAAAACUUCAGAGGCCGGAGUUCGUAUCCAAUGAACUCAUAAAGAUAUUGGAGAAUGGUAGAAACGGAAGUUUGUGGGUUAUCGAAAAGGAAGAGCCAGCUUAUGAGUUUUUGGUUCCAACAAAAGAAGAACUGAAAAGGCAUCAUAUUAACUGUUGAAAUUAUGUCACCCACGACUUCGUGAUGACAAUCUAAUGCACUGACGAGUUGGAGAAGUAGUUGGUAUUCAAGAAGCUAUUUAUUAUUUCAUAGAAAAUUAUAACACUCUCAAAAUAUGUACAUUUACUACUUGUUGAAUUAUUUAUUUCUAUAUGAAAAUAUACAUGGUAAAAUCAAAAAUAACUUUGAAUAAAAAAAUAAAUGAAAAUUCAGUUACUCACAAUAUUUUUUCAUAUCAUCAAAUAAAUUUUUUCGAAGAAGAAAUCUGAAAAAAUCUUCAUCUUCUACAUUGGCAUAUAAAUAGAAAAUUUCCUGCAGAAGUGAAAUGUAUCAAUA